AUGGGUGUGGCCAUAGCGUGUGUGCAACUGGUGGUCGUCAGAGCGGUUCCCUUCUAUCACAGGAAGAACCUGUACUACGAGUGUCGCGAAGACUGGGAUCUGGAGAGCGGCCGGAUUUAUACCAUCAUUAUAUUCGUGGCCACAUUUGCACUGCCCGUCGCUAUACUUAUAUUUGUCUACUCGACGAUCGCAUACCACGUCUUUCGUCACGUGAUUCCCGGCAAUCCUGACUGUCGUCGAGACGGCAAUCAGAUUAAUAGAAAGAUUAAGGUGAUCAAGAUGUUGAUGACGAUCGUGAUGUUGUUCGGUGUGUGUUGGCUACCGAUCCAUGUCUUCAGUUUAUUG